AUGGAAGAGCCACCGCGAGACCAGUCCGUCGGGUCUGAGCCGGUGGACGUCGGAGUCCCUCAGUCUCUGGCCAGAGCUGUGCUGUCUCGUCGCUCCGAAUAUCUUCGUCCAAACACGGUCCGCAUCAAGGUGGGUACCUGGAAUGUGGCGGCCUGCACAGGAACCGACAAAGACCUCGCGAGCUGGUUCACCGAAGAAUUUGAAACUGGCGAGGCCAUCUCGAGGCUCGACAUCUCAGGAGAUGGCCCCUCAAAGCGUCCAGCCGAGUCGGACGAGAAAGGCCAUAAGCCAGUGGAAUUAGAGAGUGGCGAGGGUUAUGAUCUCUAUGUUCUGGGACUGCAAGAGGUGGUGGAUCUCAGCAAGACUGGAGAGUACAUGAGCCGAAUAUACGUUGACAACGGACCCAUGGAGAAAUGGACUGCAGCGGCGGAAGCGGCAAUGCCUCCGGGCUACCAACUGGUUGUGUCUGAGCAAAUGACGGGGCUGCUACUCUUGGUGUACGCUUCUCCCACGAUUGCUCCCACCAUCAGCAAUGUGUCCACGCGGCAGGUCGGAACCGGUCUUCUUGGGUAUUUUGGAAACAAAGGGGCUGUAGCAACGCGCCUUGUGCUGGGAGAAACCACAAAGCUCCUCUUUGUCAAUUGCCAUCUCGCUAGCGGCGCAGAUAACGCAUCGCUUGACAGACGGUGCUGGGAUGUAGGGCAGAUCGUGUUCAAGACGCAGUUCGACCCGGUGGUGAUUAGCGGCGUGUCUGAUGACGACGGAGACCGGAUUGGGGACGAAGACUACGCAUUCUGGUUUGGAGAUUUGAACUUCCGCCUAGACGGCCUUCCAGGAGACGACAUCAGAAGGCUCCUAACAUUGCAUGCUCGAGGGGAGUACGAUCUGAGCAACGACAAGGUGCCACCACCCAUAGAAGGCGGCGAUGGAAUUAUUGUCACGAGAACUUCUGAAAGCGAUGACGAGACAACCACAAUGUCAUCAAUGCAUUCUCGCGAUCAUAGCUUUGAUCAGAGUUUUGACUCAGCCAGCUCGUUGCCGGAUCCAGAUGACUUCCCAGAUGAUCCCAGCCAGGACCCGGCAUCUCUUCAAGCAACUAUCGAUUCACUGCUGCCGCAUGACCAGCUGAGGCGAGUCAUUGCAAAACAGAGGCUUUUCCACGACGGCUGGAGAGAAGGCCCCAUUUCAUUUUUACCGACAUUCAAAUACGACGUCGGUACAUUUGGCUUAUUCGAUACGAGCGAGAAGCAGAGGGCUCCCAGCUGGUGCGAUCGGAUCCUUUACAGGACACGCAAAGACAGAGAGGAGUAUGAGAAGAAAGCAGAGGCCUUGAAAGAGACCAAGCGGAAAGACGAAGAGAUGAGGGCAAGAGGGCUUGAUCAGGAUGAUGAUGUCCUCUUUAGCUACGACCCUGACGCCGAUGGAGCAGCAGACUUGCCUCCAAAGGGUGCCACCGCUAAUUACAAGGCAUAUGAUGAAUAUGAUGAAUACGACGAAAAUGACGAUGGGGAAGCAUUGAAUGAUGCCUCACAAGAAGAACUCUUUCUUGAGCUUUACAACUCGUUUCAGCGAGUCACAUCAUCAGACCAUAAGCCGGUUGUUUCCACAUUUACACUCAACUACGACGCUGUUGACCAGGAAAAGAAGGCGCAGAUUCAUGCAGAGAUUGCCUUUGAGCUGGACCGAGCUGAGAACGAAGGCCGGCCCGGCGUCACCCUCAUCGUGGAAGGCGGUUACGGCCAGACAGACGGUGCCGUCGACUUUGGCAAAGUAGGCUUCUUCGAGACGCAUUCUUGCCUCAUAACCAUUGCCAAUACCAGCAGUGCCGCUGCUAGCCUCGAGUUUCUAAACGAGUCGCACUCUAGUGAAGACGAAUCAGGUGCAGCAAAAUGGCUCAAGACUUCGUUCCACCGACCCGACGAUGAUGGACAUAAAGCCAUGCUGGGAUCGUCAGUGACCCUCGAACCCGGCGAGACGGUAAUGGUCGUGAUUGAGGCACGAGUUUCCGAGAUUUCACAUGUGCGUGGGUUAAACGACACCAGCUGCAAGCUAGAUGAAGUUUUGGUCUUGCGCGUCGAGGGAGGCAAAGAUCACUUUGUGCCAGUACACGGAACAUGGCUCCCGAGUUGCUUUGGAAGAUCGAUUGACGAGCUAAUUCGCGUUCCCGAUUACGGAAUUCGAAAGUUUGUCAAAGAUAACAAUAUCCAAGGAACCAUUACGUAUGACUGGGACGUGCACUGCUCCGCACCCCGAGAACUAUUCAAGCUCACCGAAGUGAUACAAACCAUGACUGAACGAUGUGUAGCGGAUGAAGCGAUGCUGGAGGAGCUGACCAUCCCGCGGGACCCUGGCUGGCCAUUGGAUUCCUCUACCUGGACGAUAGAAGCCGACAAACAAGACACUCUCAAAGCAGCACUGAUAUCAGCCUUGGAUAGCCAUUCGCCUCUUACAGACGCUCUGCCCGUGGAACUUUUAUCAACACAAAAGCUGGAGAUUUACUCUUCCGUCUUACUUUUAUUCCUUGCGUCUCUCAUGGAUGGGCUCAUCCCGCCGCAUCUAUGGGCUAAGCUCUCAAUAGAAUUGCCCAACCUCACGUCGACUCCCGUAAGUGCAUGGCCCGAUGUGAAGAACCACAUCUUGGACUCGCUUUCCACUUCCCCAAGCCACAACAUUGCAUUCGUCUUCCUGACGGCGACCCUAUCGCGUGUGGUUGCUGAGCUCAGUCCCGCCACCCAGCCACCAACACCAGCGCUCGGGGCUCUCACGCGACGAUUGAGCUUCCGCCCCAACGAAACUGAGGCAGCUAGAAAGAGAAGGACACGAGAGAGGAGAUACGCUGAACUAGUGAGUCCGCUGCUGUUCCGAUCGAGUGAUGACAAGGACAAGGCGAAGAGGGACCGAGAGCGGGUUGUGCUGGAAAUGUUUUUGAAGAGGGAUGAUCGGAGCUAG